AUGGUUAAACAUCUUGAUUUCCUUUCCUUCGCCCAAUAUAUCUUCUUUGCCAUUAUUCUUGCUGCAAUCCCGGCUAGAUCUGAUGAUAAAACACCAAUUCCAGAUGCUCCGGAUGGAGUGCAAAAAUGGUUUGAUGCUAAUGUCAAGCCCCUUGCUGAUCGUGCUGGCACCUUAGAGAAAGCUCUCGAAGCAGCGGAAGCUAAACCUAAAACCAUUAAGGUUAGAGCAGAUGGAAGCGGAGAAUUCAAGACCAUAACUGAUGCAGUUGAUAGUAUUCCAACAGGAAAUAAACAGCGGGUUAUUGUGGAUAUCGGUCCCGGAACCUACAAUGAAAAAGUCAUCAUUGAAGAAGACAAGCCUUUCAUUACUUUUCUCGGGCCAGAAAGUGGUGAAAGGCCAACCUUGGCAUUUGGUUCUACUGCUGCUGAAUUCGUAACUGCUUACACUGCCACAUUACAAGUGCUUUCUAAUUUUUUCGUGGGAGCUAACUUAAUAAUUCAGAAUACUGCACCUAGGCCGAAGGGUGCAAAAACAAAUACGCAAGCAGCAGUUGCUUGUAUGAUCCGCGGUACUAUGGGAGCUUUCUACAAUGUUAAAAUGAUUGGAUUUCGGAAUACACUAUGUGAUUAUAAGGGAGUUCAUUUCUUCAAAGACUGCUUUAUCGAAGGCACUCUUGAAUUUAUUUUUGGAAUCGGAAAAUCCAUUUACCUACAAACGGAGAUAAAUGUAUUAGCAGAUGUUCCUAAAGAACUAGCAAUAAUAACAGGACCAGCCGGACAAACAAAAGAGCAAGAUGUGGGCUUCUCUAUUGUACAUUGUAAAGUAGGUGGAAAAGGAAGUGGAGCAUACUUGGGUCGAGCAAGGAGUCUAAUGCCUAGAGUGGUGUACUCUUAUUGUUCCAUGAGUGACGUUAUCAGUCCUGAAGGGUGGACUAAUUUUGAUUCACCCGCAUUUGAAGAGACUGUAUUUUUUGGAGAAUACAAGAAUACAGGACCAGGUGCUAAUACUGCUAAACGUGCUAAAUUUGCCAAACAGUUAACAGAAGAAGAAGCGAAACCCUUCCUUAAUCUUGGUUAUAUUAACGGAACCAUUUGGUUGCUUCCUCCUCCGAAGCCGUAA